GAGAAAUUGGAUACGCAUAUUACGGGAAUAAAUAAUUAUGUGUCUAUAUUGACAUUGCCAAGGGAAUAACUUCUGCCGCUAUCAAAGCCUCGCCCGACUUCCCCGUGGAAAUACACACAGUCGUCACAAGAGAUGGGUACGGAAUGACGGCCUAGUUAGACGUUUUCAUAGUGAACGGACCCCGGGAUGCCCUGCCCUUCAUGCUAGCGAAUGCCUGAUUCGACGUCUGGCUGAGUUAUGCGAGGCACCCGGUACUCCCGCGGCCAAGGCCUUUUCAGCUGGUACGAGAUCGGUACAGAGAGACUACAUUCUGGUCACUACGAAUCAGAAAGCGCUGAACUACGUGGGUCCACUCGCAAUAUAUAUUUAUUUCUAGAGAUGCCUUUGAUUGAGGCUAGGCACCCGGCAGGAAUUUCUUCGCGCCAGCCAAAGCACUUUAUUCAGCUCACAGACUGCGAACGUGCGCUGCAUCACGUCCGUCCCCUGACGCCUGCCUACAUUUUCUACAGCGACGAGGAUUUCUCCACAAGUAAGCAGGAUGCUGAGAAUUUGGCAUUUAGGUUGCGGAAGUCCGUGGUGCAUCGCAUCUCUAAAACUGCUUGGCACCACAUGAACUUCCUUCAUGCUCUGACCGUGGCUGAAGUGAUCAACAAGCCGAUUAUUGAAAUAUUCAAAGAAUUUGACCAACUUUACGACCAAACCCUAAAUGUACACUUUAAAUAA